GCUAAAACCGAAAAAAUUAUCCCAAGGUAGUGUCAUGACUGAAAUACAAUCAUCUAUCGUUUUAAACACUAUAAUAACAGUCAAAACAUGCUAAUGAAGAUUAAGUGUUGAAACAUGAAAGGCAGCUUAACCAUUCCUCGACACGCAGAGGACCUGACAAAAUGUAUGUAUGGACUACAACAGGAUGGUACAUUCUGUGAUGCAGGCCUUGAGUGCAAAGAUGGGGUCAUAUUUGUUCAUAAAAUUGUUCUAAUGGCAUGUCGAAGUCCAUACUUGAGGAAUCAAUUGGCGUCUGAAAGUCAAGGUACAAGAGUUUAUGUCAGUCUUAAGAAUUAUUCAUUAAAAACAGUAUGCUGUUUGGUGCAGAUCCUUUAUACAGGACAAUUAAAUGUUUCCCAGGAGAAUGAAUUAAAUUUUAGACUUUUGUGUGAGACAAUAGGGCUAGACAAUAUAAAAUCUGCUGCUGAAAAUGUUAGUCAGCAAGAACAAAAUAUUUAUGAUGUCAAAAGCAUAAACCAAUUGUGUGCUGUUCAAGUUGAAAAGGAAAUAUUAAAAUCCCAGGAUGGGAUCACAGCACUGGUGGCAUCUGUCAAUCAUAGACCAGAUGACAACUUAGUAGACAGUACAAACACAGAUGAUAGUUUAGAGGAUCUAAACUAUGGCAGAAGUGAUGUUAAAGUUGAUGGUGAUACAGUUAAAGGAAGUCAAGAUUCGGAGGUUGAAAGGGAGGCUAACAAAUCUUUGGCUCCGCCUAAAAUAAGAGAAACCAGAAGCCACAAGAGAAGAAAAAUUUACCACCCUGAUAACACUUCACAAGUAAAAGACAAUGCCACCUCGGCUAACGUGGCAGAAAUAUUGACCAUUUCAAAACAGUUGUCUGGAAAAGAUGAAGCCCAGCCAUCUAAACCUGCUUCUUCUUGUCUAGAUCAAACUAAAUCCAGUGUAUGUUAUUUAUGUACAAAAGAAUUUGUCAAUGAACAUGAUGAAGGAGGAAAUAUAAAAGAUCCAAGCAAGACAGUGUGUAUAGAAUGUAUAGUUUUAUGUAGUGAAGUAACCAAUCAUGACCAAGAGAUGGGAACAAAACCAGACCAAACACAAAGUAACAACUAUGAAGAUGGUGGAGAAGACAGUGAUAAGGGUAGUGUUGAUUUGGAAGAGGAAUGUUUAAUCACAACUUGUGAAGAAGGAUCACCACUUCCAGACCACAUUUCCUUAGAAGAAGCUGACUGUGAUCCAUUACCAUGGUUACAAGAACAGAUAGUCAAUGAAAUAAACGAUGAAAUAUCUGAUGAGACCUAUCAAGAAAAGUUAUGGCAUUGUAAAAAGUGUGAAUUUUCUACAGGUGAUAGUAAAGAACAAGAGAGACACCGAAAACGCCACUCUUACCUCGAACAAAAACUCAGAAUGUCUAAACUAUGUAAACAUAAAAAAUACCCGUGUGAUGACUGUGGAAAUGAAUAUAAAACUGAAUGUGGCUUGAUUCAACAUAAAAAAUUAGCACAUUCGGAUAAGCCUAUAUUGAGAUGUGUACUUAGAGGAUGUAAAUCACGUUUCGUGGAAGAAUCUGCUUUACAAAAACAUUUGUUAUGGCACAAAUCACAAGGUGUCCUGAAAUGUAGGAAAUGUGCACAGAUAUUUGUACUAAAGGGUUCACUGAAAAUACACGAGGAUUAUUGUGUCAAAAGAUUAAUGUUUCGAUGUGACAUUUGUAAUAAAAUGUAUAAAGCCAAAGAAACUCUUUCCAAACAUAUGAAAAAAUUUCAUUUUCAGGAGGUUAAAGGAUUCAAUUACAGGGAAUCUGAAGUUGAUCAGAAUAAAGAAGCAAAUUUACCAGUCGAGAAAACAAAUUUAGAAACCACGAUGGAAGAGUUUAAUACUGAUAAUGUUGAGGAAUUUGUUGAACGAGUGAAUGCAAUUUUACUUACUCAAGAGAAUGAGAACAAAAUAAGGCAGACACAAGACAUUUACAAAUGUAAAAGAUGUGAAUUCUCAACAGAAGAUAAGACACAGUAUAUUAAACAUAGAAGACACCAUUCUUACCUUUUUAGCAAGCAAAAGACUGCGGAACUCCAAUCACAUAUUUUUGGUGAUGGUGAUGUUACUUAUGAUGACAUUUAUAAUGAUAAUGAUGAUGAAGAUGACGAGUAUGUUGAUGAUGAGGAAGAGGGGGAGGAUGGGGAGAUUGAUGGUAUUGACAAAACGUUAAACAAGGCUAUAAAUAAGAAAAAAAAGUCAAAAGUUUAUAAAUGUGAGAAAUGUAAUUUUUCAACGAAAGAUGAUAAGGAUUAUGAAAAGCAUACACGCCUUCAUCGUAAUUUAGAACGGAAGGAAACACAUGUUAUUUGUAGAUAUUGUGGGUUACGCUACAGCAACAUGCAAGGACUGAAGAGACAUGAGCUUACUACUCAUUCCGAAAAAUCGUAUAAAUGUAAGGUUAAAUCCUGCAUUGGUGUAUUUAAGUAUAAACAUCAAUUAGAAAAACACAUAUUGAAUCAUAGAACAAGAGGUCUUUUGGCAUGCAAGAAAUGUAACAGGAAAUUUCUUUUUAAAAAUCAGCUAACCAAUCAUGAAGAUAAAUGCAUAAGGAAUAUGACAGCAAAUAAACAAUCACAGUGUCACUUAUGUGGAAAACAGUUUGGGAGAAAAAGUGAAUUGGCAGUGCACAUGAGAAAACAUAAUGAUGGACUGUUGGAUUGCUAUUGUGGUAAAACAUUUGACAAUAUUAUAACUCUUAAUCAGCAUAAAAAAUGUCAUAGUGAUCCUAUGCUUAAAUCUUAUUAUGAAAAAGAGGUUUCCGAGGAGAGUGCAGAUAGUUCAGAUUCAGAUGAAAUGGAAGAUAGCACAUAUUAAGGAGGUAGACCUAGGUAAAGGGAAAUAACUCUUAAAAUCAUCAGUACGUUUGUGUCAACCAUUUUCAUAAAUAUAUUCUAAGCUUCUAGGUUACAUAGAUUAUUUCCAGUCUGCUUCAGGUAAAUGCUUAAAAUUCAAUGAUGAUACUUGACUUUUAUAAACGCAUAACUGAUUUAAAGGGUUAUCUCCCUGAACCAAGGCCUACCCUCUUAAAAUUGAAUUGUGCAAAGUAUAUUCGAAAAGUAAUGAACCAAUGAAAAAAGUAUCUGAAUAAUGGAAAUAAAGAGUGACUU